AUGCCUCGCCGAACCGGGAAUGCAUCCGGUGAAGGCAGCAGUCGUCGCCGCCGACGCGAUGACGACGACGACUCGGACCACGAGAGCGUCCCCUCCGACAACACAUCCGACUCCGACUUCGUCGCCGACACGGAGGACGAGGCGGGGGACGACGACGACGAUUUCGCCUCCGACCAAGACGUCGCCCCCGCGCCCGCGCCCGCGGCGGUUCCCGUGGUGGUGGCGGCGCCUCUCUCGCUGGUGCUGCCGCCGCGGCCGCGCAAGGAGAAGCGGAGGGCGAAGAAGAAGCGGAAGGGGGAGGCCGACGAGGACGGCCCGCGCCUGCCGUGGAAGGAGUGGGAGGAGGCCAACGCCAAGUGGCUCGACGCGCGCGACGAGGCGGCGGCGGCGGCGGCGGCGCCCGACGACUCCGCUCCCACCGCGCUGCCCACCGCGGAGGCGGCCCCCGAGGUGCUGCUCAGCCUGCUGCGCUUCCAGAAGGAGUGGCUGGCCUGGGCGCUGGCGCAGGAGGCCUCGGUCUCGCGCGGCGGCAUCCUCGCCGACGAGAUGGGGAUGGGCAAGACCAUCCAGGGCAUCGCGCUCGUCCUCACCGCGCGCGCGCUCCGCGCCCCGCCCUCGCCCUCACACGCCCCCACGAUGCGACGGGUCGGGUGCACGCUGGUCCUCUGCCCCAACGUGGCCGUCAUCCAGUGGGUGCAGGAGAUCGAGAAACACACGGCUAAGGGCAGCGUGCGCGUGCUGCAGUACACCGGCGCCAAGCGGGCCAUUUCCAAGCCUGAUUUCAACAAAUACGACUUCGUCGUCACUACAUACAACACCCUAGAGGCCGACUACCGGAGGCACAUCAUGCCACCUAAGAUUCGGUGCCAAUACUGCAACAAACUCUUUUACCCCGACAAGAUGAAGGUUCACUUGACAUACUUCUGCGGACCUGAUGCCCUGCGUACUGAGAAGCAGGCCAAGCAGAAGAGCAAAAGCUGGGGUGACAAGAAACGGGUGAGGAAGGGGAAAAAAUCGGGUGGUGUCGACGACGAGGACGAUCUUGAGGAAUUGGAAGAAUUGAGCACCCAAUCUAGGGGCAAGUCCCCUCUGCACGUUGUGCGGUGGGAGCGGAUUAUCUUGGAUGAGGCUCACAAUAUAAAAGAUAGACGAUGCAAUACUGCAAGGGCAGUUUUUGCUUUGGAGUCGGAAUACAAGUGGGCUCUGAGUGGGACACCAUUGCAGAAUCGCGUUGGAGAACUUUACUCACUGAUUCGCUUCUUGCAAAUCUUUCCCUACUCGAACUAUUUCUGCAAGGACUGUGACUGUGAGAUACUAGAUACCCAAAUGAAGAAAAAAUGUGACUGUGGUCACUCAUCAGUCAGGCACUUUUGCUGGUGGAAUAAGUACAUAGCGACACCGAUACUACAUGGGUCAGCGAGUUUUGAGGGCCGCAGAGCCAUGACUCUUCUCAAGGAAAAAGUCUUGAAGGGCAUAGUGUUAAGGCGGACGAAAAUAGGCCGAGCUGCAGAUCUUGCUCUUCCGACAAAGACUGUGACACUGAGGCGGGACUCUUUUGAUAAAAAUGAAAUGGAAUUUUAUGAAGCAUUGUAUACUCAAAGCUGCACACAGUUUGAUUCGUAUGUUGUCGCUGGAACGCUGCUUAACAACUAUGCUCACAUCUUUGACCUCCUCACAAGGCUGAGACAGGCUGUAGAUCAUCCAUACCUUGUCGCAUAUUCUCAGACAGCAGUACUUCGUGAAGAAUGCAAAAAAGAAGGAAAUGGUGCCACGGAAAUGCAGUGUGGAAUAUGUGAUGAUUUGGCAAAAGAUUUCGUGGUUACGUCUUGUGAUCAUGUAUUCUGCAAGACUUGUUUGUUGGACUACGCUGCAACUUUGGAGAAUGUUACAUGUCCAACUUGUUCAAUACCCAUUACUGUUGACUUUACAACUGAAAGCUCGAGAGAAAAGGUCCCUGCAAAUAUGAAGGGUAGCAAACGCUCAGGCAUAUUAGGCAGACUACAAAGCCUAGCAGAUUUCAAGACGAGUACAAAAAUUGAUGCCUUGAGAGAAGAGAUAAGAAACAUGAUUGAGCGUGAUGGUUCGGCAAAAGGGAUUGUGUUUAGCCAGUUCACCUCAUUCUUGGAUUUGAUUGAAUUCUCCCUGCAGAGGUCUGGCAUCAAGUGCGUGCAACUAAAUGGGAGGAUGAACUUGGUUGAAAAGGGCAGAGCUAUAGACACCUUCAUAAAUGACCCAGAUUGCAGGAUUUUCCUGAUGAGCCUGAAAGCUGGAGGAGUAGCUCUAAAUCUUACCGUAGCAUCUCAUGUUUUCUUGAUGGACCCUUGGUGGAACCCGGCAGUCGAGAGCCAAGCGCAAGAUCGGAUCCACCGAAUUGGACAAUUCAAGCCUAUCAGAAGCAUGAGGUUUGUGAUCAAGGACACGGUUGAAGAGCGCAUCCUGCAAUUGCAAGAGAAGAAGCAACUUGUGUUCGAUGGCACUGUGGGUGACUGUCAGGAGGCCAUGGCAAAGCUUACAGAGGCUGACCUGAAGUUCCUGUUCCAGAACUAAGCCGUCCCUGAUGCUCCUACCAGCGCCACAUUGACAGACGUACAUCCCUCAGGAUGCAUUUGUUUUGAUCGUCGAUCGUACUGAUACAGUGAUAGCACUCUGUAGUACUCCAUGCUAAUGGAAGUUUGGAACAACAUCGAUAUAGCAGUUUACCUGUUUCGGAAAGUAAAA